AUGCUGGAGUGGGCUCCAUCGGUUGAACAUCACUCAAAGAUGAUUGAUGCUGUCGGGUCCAUCCCGAUUGCUUGGGGAUUGGCGAUCCCGACACUAUCUAUGUUUUGCUACCUUCUUGCACUGGUUGUGUAUCGACUUUAUUUCCACCCUCUUGCAAAAUAUCCUGGACCUUUUCUUGCGAGGAUCACCAAUUGGUAUGCCGUCUACCAUGCCUACAAAGGAGACAAGCACCUAGAUACAUAUUUCGCGCAUAUAAAUUACGGCACCUUUGUUCGGGUCGCACCGAAUGUGGUCACAAUCAAUGAUCCUGCCGCUAUUAAAGAAAUCUACGGAGUCAACCAGAAUGUCAGAAAGUCCGUCUUUUACCAACCCGCAAUCGAACAUUCGGGUAUCGAAAGCACAUUCAAUGCUCGUGAUCGACAGCUCCACGCCAGAAAACGGCGUAUCUUAGCCCCGGCUUUCACCGAAUCUGCCUUGUCAUCUAUGGAAGAGUAUAUGCAAAGACAUAUCCGUGAAAUGUUUCACGCAGCUUCGGGCGAGGAAACAUUCCGGAGCGAGGCGCAAUGUUGGACGGCAGAUAUGGGCAAAUGGGGCAACUAUCUGACGUUUGAUGUUAUGGGAGAUUUGGUCUUUGGUAAAGACUUUGGGAUGAUUGCUGGACAUGAGAGCAGGGGGCUUCCCGACGUUAUCGACGGCGCUGCCCAUCGGGAACUCAUCGCCGGCUCAAGUCCAUUUCUGAACAAAUGGGGACUGGACAAGAUUCUUUUCCCCGAAAUCGUCAAUCGAGGCUCGCAGCUGAUCAAGUACGCAAAGCAACAGGCCCAACUUCGGCUCCGGGCAGAUCCGAAUCGGAAGGACUUUUUCUGGUAUUUGACCAACACCAAAGAAAAGGACGGCCGUCCUUCGUAUACGGACCCUCGAGAGAUAUUCUCCGAGGCAAGAACGUUGAUUAUUGGAGGCUCUGAUACUACUGCUACUCAACUUGCCGCGAAUUUCUUCUACAUCACUCAAAAUCCCAAGACGCUGUCAACGCUGACUGCUGAAAUUCGAUCGGCCUUCACCACCGUCGACGCCAUCCGCCUCGGGCCCACCUUGGACUCCUGUCGCUACUUACAUGCUGUCAUCAACGAGACUCUGCGCAUCAGCCCUAGUCUUCCCGGAAUUUUACCUCGAGAAGUCCUAUCGGGUGGUCUCAGCGUGUGUGGCCACUCGUUUCCUGCAGGCGUGGAGGUUGCUGUCCCCAUUUACGCCACGCAUCACAACCCCACUGUCUACCCUUGUCCUCACAGACACAUCCCCGAGCGCUGGUUAGCAGAAGAAACGAGCGAAGAAGCAGUUAAACGGUGCCAUGAUGCUCUUACGCCCUUUUCCUACGGGAGCAGGAUGUGUAUUGGACGUCGGCUGGCAAUGAUGGAGUUAUGGCUCACUAUCGCUCGUGCUGUGUGGAUGUUUGAUCUGGAGUAUUUGGGCGGAGGGAAGGAGGAUCGCUUGCUUGGUGUCAGUUCAGAAGCGCUCGAAUAUAAGCUUCUGGAUCACUUGGCCGCUGGGAGGAGUGGGCCUGUUAUUCGUUUUAUCAAGAGAGCUGAAGGCUUACAAGUUUGA